AGACUGCAGAUCAGUAUCCCACAGAAAAACACAGAAGGAAGACAAGAUGGAGCUCCAUAGUGGCCUCUGCUUGUGUCUGGUGUUAGCAACAGCUUGGACCAGUGUCACGGCACAGAUGUUGGACCCCAGAGGAAACCGUCCGGUCGAGCAGGGCAUGAAGUCUGACAAAUGCGCCCCAGAGAGGGAAUAUGGCGCAUGCAUAGAUGAUGACUGGGGCCCCAAGUGCCCGUCUGGCUGCCGUGUGCAGGGCCUGCUGGACAAGACAGACCACGAGCUGUUGACCAAGAUCGACAAGAUCCGCCGACUGCUGGACGACUACAACCAGAAGUACCGCAGCACCGACUCGUCCUCCAAGCAGGCCUAUGACCACCUCCGCCAAAAGCUCACUACCUCCUCAGGCAAUGAUAACAAGUACAUGACCCUGACAGAGAGUCUGAGAAGGAGGAUUCUGGACAUCAAGAUCAAGAUCGACGGCCAGCUCAAGCUCCUGGAGGCCAUGAAGGCCCGCGUGAGAGACCAGGUCAUAGAGAUGCAGAGACUUGAGGUGGACAUUGACAUCAAGCUGCGCUCCUGCAAGGGCUCGUGUGCGGAAUACGCCGAGUUCUCGGUGGACCGGGACAGUUACGUGGCGCUGGACAAGCAGAUGGACACACUGGAAGCCCAUCGGCAGAACAGCGUGGAGACGGUGGGAGCCCUGCGCGUUUUGAAGUCAGUGGAGGUGGUCUCCCCCAGCUUAAAGUCCGGAGGCGAGCAGCAGCAGUACUUCGAAGGCGUCGGGCAGAGCCAGCUCACCCUGUACGACGAGGGAGGCAGCGCCGUUGCGCCCGCCACUGUCGGAAAAGGCCCAGGUACCUCCCCCUCUUCCGACAAGUCCCUGACAUCCCUGAGCGGCGGCGGCGGCGGUGGCGGUGGGGGAAUCGGCGGAUUUGAAGGAGGAUUCGAGGAGUUCGGCAUCGGGUCGCCCUCUUUCUCCAGCUUUGAUUCCAGCAAGACCAUGAGCUCUUCGUCCUUCUCCAGCUCUGGCACCAAGACCAUGAGUUCCACCAAGAGCCUGCUCAGCUCCAGCGGCACCAAGUCCGGGGCCUUUGGGUCCGACUUCGGGGCGUUCGGGAGAGGGGACGUGGAUGACGCUCUGCCAGACAUCUUCGCCCGCAGUGGCAGGCCUGGGACACAGUCCGAGGGAAAGAUGGAGAAGAUCCCCACUGAAGUAGAUCACCCUCAGGCCAUGAAAUAUAGGAGAGGUGGAGGCUGCAGAUCAGUAUCCCACAGAACAACACAGAAGGAAGACAAGAUGAAGCUCCAUAGUGUCCUCUGCUUGUGUCUGGUCUUGGCAACAGCUUGGACCAGUGUCACAGCACAGAUGUUGGACCCCAGAGGAAACCGUCCGGUCGAGCAGGGCAUGAAGUCUGACAAAUGCGCCCCAGAGAAGGAAUAUGGCGCAUGCAUAGAUGAUGACUGGGGCCCCAAGUGCCCGUCUGGCUGCCGUGUGCAGGGCCUGCUGGACAAGACAGACCACGAGCUGUUGACCAAGAUCGACAAGAUCCGCCGACUGCUGGACGACUACAACCAGAAGUACCGCAGCACCGACUCGUCCUCCAAGCAGGCCUACGACCACCUCCGCCAAAAGCUCACUACCUCCUCAGGCGGUGAAAACAGGUAUAUGUCCCUGGCCGAGUCUCUGAGAAAGAGGAUUGUGGACAUCAAGAUCAAGAUCGACCGCCAGCUCGUUCGCCUGGAGGACAUGAAGACCCGCGUGAGAGACCAGAUCAUCGAGAUGCAGAGGCUUGAGGUGGACAUUGAUAUCAAGCUGCGCUCCUGCAAGGGCUCGUGUGCGGAAUACGCGGAGUUCUCGGUGGACCGGGACAGUUACGUGGCGCUGGACAAGCAGAUGGACACACUGGAAGCCAAUCGGCAGAACAGCGUGGAGACGGUGGGAGCCCUGCGCGUCAUGAAGUCUCGUGUCUUGAAGGAGGUCGACGUGCCCUCCAUCUACAAGUCUGGCUCACCUGAUGGCGAGCAGAAGCAGUACUUUGAGGAUGUCGGGCAGAGCCAGCUCACCCUGCAUGAUGAGGGCGGCAGUGCAGACGCCCCCGCCACCGUCGGAAAAUACCCAGGUACCUCCGCCUCGUCCUCUUCAUCCGACUCAUCCUCCUCCUCCUCCUCUUCUUCCUCCUCUGGGCCCUCAAUGACCAGCACCACCCACAUGAUGAAAUGCACGCGCACGGUGAGAAAGGUGGUGACGCACACCAAGGAUGGCCCCGUGGAGAAGUACGAGACUGUGAUGACCGGUGCCGGGUGCGAUGCCAUGGCCGGUGGUGCUGGUGGUGGCGGCGGAGGAUUCGGCGAAGGAAUCGACGAAGGAUUCCCCGGAUUCGGCGAAGACCUCUUCAAGCAGUUCGGGUCCUCUUCGUCCUUCUCCAGCUCCGGCACCAAGACCAUGAGUUCCACCAAGAGCCUGCUCAGCUCCGGUGGCACCAAGUCCGGGGCCUUUGGGUCCGACUUCGGGGCGUUUGGGAGAGGGGACGUGGACGACGCUCUGCCAGACAUCUUCGCCCGCAGUGGCAGGCCUGGGACACAGUCCGAGGGAAAGAUGGAGAAGAUCCCCACUGAAGUAGAGUAACAAGCCUGCUGCUGGCCAGAGGUGGACAUCCUGGGUUCAGAAAGUUUUUUUUUUAAAUUCCUGCUGCAUUAUGUGGUUUGUUGGAGCCAAAUGACUCCUCCAGCUUCACAAAGCUGACAUCUUCAGAGUCAGGACCAACCAACCUUAUUGGCCAAGUACAUUAUAUUUUUAUACUUGCAAGAAAUCUGACUCUCUACUCACAUUUAAGAUAAUGAUAUAGUACUUAGAGUUCAGAAAGGUUAAGUCCUGCUACAUAAUGUUUUUUAUCACAUUCCACCUGCUGAUCCGGUGUGAAUGAGCUAAUAAAAGUGAAAGCACUUGUAUUGAGAGCACAGACCAAAGGAAGAUAUGGCAAGCCUUUGACUCUCUCCGUCCAGUUUGUUCGCCUCUGGUUGCAGGCUUGUUAAGGCAAUCCACAAAGAACAACUUCAUCUACACAUUAUCUAGAGACAAAGCAAGAGCCUCCCUUUCCCCCUUUGUAUGGACUCAAUAAGGUGGAAAAAUCACACACACAACAGUCAUUUGAAUGUUUUCGUUUUCCCUU